AAUCAAAUUUAAAACCAGUAGAACUAGAACCAAACCAAGGCCAAAUAGGGCCAUAGGCUUAGGACAAUGGUCUUCCAAAGCGCUUUGUGACUUCGCUUAAAGGCCCCCUUCCUUCAUAGUUCCCUUUGUACCUUUCCUCCUAAGGAAAGCUGAAGAGAAUAGAGAGACAGAGUUCAAGAAGAGGAGAGAGAGAGAGAGAGAGAGAGAGAGAGAAAUCAAGAAGAGGAAAGAGAGAGAAAAGAAACUCUACUGAGAAGAGAAAUCACUCACCGACUUGGUGAAGGCUCCCAAUAGAGACAAAGAGCAGUGUGAAGCAGAGGACAUAAUUAUGUCGAUUGAGUUUGAUGUGCUAUAUGGAGCUCUGAAUCAGCCUCUGCCUUUAUCACAUUCCUCUGGUUCUUGAUCACCUUUUGCAUUCAAUCUUGGUGUCAUGCUCAGACCCUGAAACAGACUUCCCCAACUUUUUCCGUGCUAUUAAGAUCAAAACGGGGUUCUAAAUGGCUGACCGCAAAAAGAAUGUACGAUUAAACCAAGACAACAAUUGUUACACAUCGAAGAAAAACUCUAUGAGGAAAAUUCGUAUCAUAUACUCUGAUCCUUAUGCCACUGAAUCUUCAAGUGAUGAUGAAGAAGAAAAAUAUGAGUUUAAACAUGAGUCAAUGGGUGGUAAGCGCAAUGUCAAGGAGAUUUUUCUUCCGGGACCCCAACAUGAUUCAUAUACAGAUACUUGUCCACAACACAAUUCAGAUAAAUGCAAACAAAAAAUUAGUAUUAGUAAUCAGCUCUGCAAAGAUAUGGAAGUUGGUGAGACUAGUGCUAGUAAUGAGUUUAUUUAUAAAAAUAAAGUUGGAAGAUCAUCUUCUAUCUACAAGGGUGUUCGGUUAAGGUCAUCGGGGAAGUAUGGCUCGGAGAUUACUGACCCAAUUGAAGGUUGUCGAGUGUGGCUAGGCACUUUUAAUACUGAGAUUGAGGCUGCUUUGGCUUAUAAGAAAAGGAGUCUUGAGUUUGAAAGAUUGCAAUGGUUAGAGAAGAAUAAGAAUUCGCUAUCGACUGAUGUGAAUGCCAUAUCCGAAGAGUGUAAAGAUUUGUUUUCUCAUCCGUUCUCCCCAUCAUCUGUGCUUGAGGUCUCUACGCCAGCUAUACUUGGUAAUGGAAUUGGAUAUUCAAUCAAAGAAGAAAACAGUGAGGAACCAAUUCAAUUUGGCUCUACUGCAGCUCUAGUUGGUAAUGGAAUUGGAUAUUCAAUCAAAGAAGAAAACAAUGAGGAACCAAUUCAAUAUGGCUCUACUGCAGCUCUGGUUGGUAAUGGAAUUGGAAAUUCAAUCAAAGAAGAAGGCAGUGUGGACACAAAUCUAGAAGAAGAACAAUCGUUUUUGGAUUUUAUGGAUGACAUUGAUGCUUAUCCUACUCUUGGCGAUGAAUGUGGUGAGGAAUAUGCUCUUCCUCCUUUCGAUUUUGAAUUUGCUACAAGGGACUUUUCUUGGAUUGAUAAGGUCCUAAAUCUUGCAAGCCCAUAAUUUCUGCUGUUCUUUCCUACCUUUCUUCCAAAACAUUUUGCAGGUAGGAAGUAGUAGUAAUUAUUCUUCAUAUUUAGUAAAUAUCUUCAAAACAUUUUUGCAGAGUUUUGGAGGUUUUUGUCAUCUUUGUUAGGGAGGAAGAGAGAGUUCUUGGGUUUCUCUCUGUGCUUUUAUAGCUGUCCAAAAGUUUUUAAGCUCUCAAGUAGUCUCAACCACUGCUCUCACUCCCAUAUAUUAGUUGUUUGUAAGAGUACACCUUUUAUUAUUUUUGAUAAGUAAAAGCGAACUUGUUUUUAACGAGCAAA